AUGUGGCUAAUAGAGAAUGUUGGUGAAGUGAAAGCAAUUAUUGACCUGUGGCUUUACAUGAGUUCUGCUGUUCUGUCCAAUUUGCUGAAACUGAAACGUUAUCUACAGCUGUAUGUCUCAUCUCAUGCUGACACCGGUUACACCCGUCACGUUGCCGAACCGGCCCACACGUCCUACGGCAUCAAGGCAGGAGGAGGAGGCGGAGUUGAAAUAGUUUCGGGAGACGAGAGACGAGAGCUUCAGGGGCCCCUCAAGAAGGCCGAUAAGCGUGCGUUUGCAGCCCCCAAAAUUCCGGUCCCGAUCCUCUCGGAGGAAGAUGCCCAACCACUGCAAAGCCUCACCGGAACCGCUUCCGGUGGAAGAGGCCAUUUACACGGAGCCGUUUCUGCACUCGGUGUGCAGCACGGUGACCAGUUUCGGCGAGCGACGCCCAGUGUUCGGUGCCCUUCCGUCAUCUGGCGACGAUCGCACUAUGCAGAUCCGUUUGAGAGCUGCGGCAGCCUGCUGGAACACAAUUACGAAGAAAUGGAUUUCGACGAAGAUAUUUAUCAACAAGAUCCGUUCGACAGCCAGCCACCGCCGCAGGAGUCGGUCGACUCGAAUGAAAAUACCGAGUCCGGUUUCAGUGACGGAAGCAAAAGUAGCCGGCCAGGUGGUGGUGGUGGUGGUGGUUAUUUCUCAUCGGACAGUGAGGCCAGUUUAACUAUUCCGGCCGGUUUGGCCCGCUCGAGGGCGGCAAUGUUUGAAUCGAUCGCUCAAGCCAAUCAGCGCGUCAUCCGCCCGCAAUACGGAUCUCAGAAAUUGGUUCAAGCCCUUGGCCCGCAGCUGGUCCUCUAUUCGAUGGACUCUCUGCCUCCGACAGAGAUUUUUCAAUCGAUUAAAACCAAAAGCAAAAGCUGUCCGCCUUCGUUGAACGCCAUCAACUGGUCGAUGGAUGUGUGCGUUGAAAACGAUGGAUUCUUCAUGGAAUUUGCCAAUCAGCGCAUCGCUCUACCGGAACCGGGUAGCCCGACCAGUUGUUCCUCUCUGCAGUCCAGCAGUGAAGCCUCGUCGGGAGAAACGGAAAUGACCGAUAGAAGCAAAUCCAGCAGGAAAGUUUCGUUCGUUUUGGGGCCCGUUCGUUCUUCCGCACCGAGUCGUCUACUCUGUCCAAAAAUCCCACCGGAUGAAGACGACCAACCUUUGGUGACUCACAAAGGAAAGUCAAAAAUAUCCGACAGCGAAAGUUUAAUUUCUCAUGCGCCGGAUGAUCUUUUGAGCCAGUCGGAUUUGGAAAUGUUUUGCAAAUCCAACGGUGAGAAGCGUCUCAGGAAGGACAGCGGCACAGAUGUGACUCCUCCGGAUGCUUCACUCUACGAUGGAAGUGCAUUGGCCAUUGACGACAUGGAUGCGGCCCUGGCCAUCUUGGAGAUAAAGGCCAAGGCUAAGUCUCGUCACGCGUCCAGCAGCAAACAGACCGAAACUAUUUCAGACAACUGCUCGGAUGAUUGUUCCUCGUCUUCAGAUGAAAGUGAUAUGGACUCUGGCAGCUGUUCGUCCGGAAGUUCAUGCGAAUCCAGCUGCAAUUUGACCGAUUGUUCAAGUUGGACCAACGAUUGCUGUAGUGAGAGUCUCACAUCGUCUGACGCCUAUAGAGGUGGAGCCAUAUCUCCCGGACCCCAUCACGACACAUCGCUGGAUAUGACCAGCUCAGACAAUUCGCGUCUGGACGAUCCCGGAAGUCCGACUCAACCGAACGAUGGAAAGCAUUCGUUACUCCAGUUCGCUCUUUACCAUUUCCGACAGAGUCCAGAAAAAUUCGAAAUGUUGCGUCAUGACGACGUGAACACGCUCCGUUCCGGAGCUGGUGACAACGUCAGCAAGUCGGAGAAGAAAAAGAACAAAAACAAGAAAUCAAAGGAUCGGCCAGAGUCGGUGGCCGGUGCUGACUGGACGUGGAAAGAGCAGGUGGAUCUGGUCAAGUUUACCAAGUCACCCAUUCAGGCUUCUCUGUUGCAGCUCAAUUCCAACGAGCUCAACAAACUGGCCUUCAUGAAGUAUAUGGGCGACUACCCGAUGGCCAAGGGACAGUCAGAAGUUGACAGUGUGUACACUAUUCUAAUGAAUUGCCACAAGCAUGAAGCGCUGCGUGAUGAGACCUACUGUCAGGUCAUGAAACAGACGACCAAUAACAAGUCUUCACGCCCGGAUUCUUGUCAGCGCGGCUGGAGGCUCUUCUCCAUCACGGCUGCUUAUUUUAGUUGUUCUGAAGUGUUGAAACCGUACUUGUUCAAGUACCUUGAGACAGCAGCCUACGAUAAACGACGAGCUUAUCACGGAACGGCUAUGGUUUGUCUGCAGAAUUUGCGCAAAACUCUGCGAUAUGGUGGGCGUAAGAACGUGCCCAGCAUCGAAGAGAUCACGGCCAUCACGGCUGGCCGAAAUUCCAAACGUCAAAUGUAUCGACUUCCAGGUGGUACGGAGCGCGUAAUCAACACCAAAUCCACGUCGGUCGUCCAGGACAUAAUCGAAGAGAUUUGUGGUGUGAUCAACGUUCGAUCCGAACAGGAAAUGGAAGAAUAUUCACUGUAUUGCAUCGUGGAAGGUGAUACGUUCACUAUGCCCCUUGCUCGCGAAGAAUACAUCCUCGACGUCACAACCGAGUUGCAGAAGAAUCAACAGGUUUACUACCUGAUCUUCUGCCGUUCAGUCUGGCACUAUCCAAAUUAUCUAAUGUGGCUGGAUAACGCUCUUUACAUUGAAAUCGUCUUCAAUCAAAUAGCACCUGAUUACCUGGAAGGAUUGUUGCUCGUCAUGCCUGGCGAGCAGAUUUCUCAAGAUUGCGUUUAUGACAUUGCAAAAGUUGCUGCUUUACUUCACCGUGCAGCUGAUUUAGACCACAUGCCUACCAUGAAAGAGACCAAAUAUCUAUUGCCGAAGCCGGCCCUCUCUGUUCGUGACAUCAAACCUCCAAAAUGGGUUAAUCUGGUCCAGAGCUCUUGGAAAGAAGUCGGACAUUUUAAACCGUCUCAGGCCAAAGCUCAAGUUUUAGAGGUGUUAGAAAAGUGGUCCCUUUUUGGUUCGAGUUUCUUCGCCGUCCGGCGCGACGCAGAUCCGGUUGAACGAUCUGAACAUAUUUUAGCGCUCAACCGGAACGGUGUUCACUUCCUUGAUGUCAUUACUCACGAAACUUUGAUGCACUAUCCUUAUUCCGAGGUGAUAUCUACUCGCAAAGUCAAAUCGGAAGAAGGCCCCCUUUUCCUGGACAUGAAAUGUGGAAAUUUGAUGCAGCAGCGCGUGACCCGCGUUCUCGUGACCCCACCAAAUUUGUAAUGUUUUUCGAGAACU